UUUUCAAAAUGUUAAAUUAUCACAACAUUUACAUAUCACAAACACUAUCAAUCAAGGUUAAUGAUUAUGUAACUCGACCUGUGUUACAACAAUGCUUCAAAGUAAUGAAAAUUUUAAGCCUCCACACAGUGUUUCAAAUAUAUUUCAGGUAUGGUUUAGCACUAGAUGAUGGAGGGAACCAUGGGACCCUGAAGUGUAAGAUGGAGGGUACAUACAUUGGCAGUCUCAAUGCUAGUGUUAUUGUCUCAACACCCUAUGGACGCACACAAGCUGACCUUGACAUGCUUCACGUCACUUCUAACAAUAAGAUUGCCAUGUUCCA